ACAUUAAUCCAGUAAUUAAAAUAAUAAUUAACAAAAUUAAAUUGGAAUAUUUGGAUUUUAAUGAUAAUGAAAAAUUAUUACUUAGAAAAAAUUUAAAUAAUUUUUUAAUUGAAACACCAUUUGAAUUAAAUGAUAGUAUUGGUGCUCAUGAGCUAGCUAAU